GCCGCUACUGACUGCGUGAGGCAAGGUACCUUACCGUAGACUUUCGUUCCGUCCCAGUUCUCUCAGUUCCAUCGAGGGCCCCCGUCUUGUCGGUACGUAUCGCCGUAAGUGUACUUGCACCUCACCGUCCCGGAGCUGUCGCAAUACGCAGUCCCCGGUACGUACUCACGCGCUCGCCUUUCCACCCCCGGUCUGCCUAUCUCGCUCCUGGGGUUCCUCGCUCUCUUGUCGCUCUGUCGCUCUGUCUCUCUCUCUCAUCCCGUCUUAUCCAAGCCAAUCCAUCCUCGUCCAUUCACCUCCAUCUUCUUCUUUGGCCGUCUGUCGCUCACACACUCUCUCUCUUCGAUCACUUCCACACCUCUCUUCCUCUCGCCUUGUAUUCCCUGUCCUGCACCAGCCUACCCACCCAUUUGCUUCGUCCAACCUACCUUACCGUACCGUCCUCUCUGCCUCUGCCUGCACUUACCUACUUUACUCUAAUACUCCCCCUUCAUCAUCCUCGCCCCUUCUCUUGUUUGUUUCCUCUACUCUACCAUCCUUCAAUCAUCGUCGUCAACGGCCUCUCUUCCUCUCCUUGCUUGUUAGCCUCCUCUCCCCCGCCUCAACCUCCUCCCUUUACCACCCUUUUCGCUCCGACCUCCUUAUCAUCUACCCGCCCAUCAACAAAUCCACCGAUACUCGCAACGCCAGCUCCCGCGUGCCCACCCGCGAGUCAUACUUGCAAGCAAUCACGCAAUCUCCUAUCACGCUCUGCCAUCGAGUUGAAGAGUAUAUCAAUCAGUCAACCCAUCGACAGAGAUAGGAUAAGAGAGGCCUCAGGAACCACGAUUUCUGUACAAACUCCACCAGCCUCGGCAAUUUGCUGUCAUUGAACAUUGACUCACACCUCGUGUCCUUUGACUCACUUUGGCCCUCGCCAUUGUCACUCAACAUCCGUCCACGCUUUCAGCAACGACAUCUCCCUCAACCAUCCAUCGAGAUAAGAGCUACUACCUCCCAUCGACCGACACCCACCAACGAUCCUCGUCUGUCGAUUCGUUGUCACACACUCGUCAACGCUCGAAUGCUUCCGUAGCCACUACUCUUCGCCGAUCCCGGUAGUUAGCUUGCUUGCAAGCCGUUGCUAUUCACACUUUCAACGACAUCUACCUCCGGCCAUCGACUAUCACGUCAACUGGCCUUCGUGCCUACUAGAGCCAGCAAACCAACAAUCAACCUCAUUCGCGGUUGGGUGCCAUCUCGAAACGGUCUGAAUCCUCUAGUUAGGAAUCGACGCCUUCAUUUCUCCUGCGAAUCAGCUAUUCAACGUUGACCUCGCGAACCCCUUCUUCGACCUUCGGGCGCCACUCUCUACACUUUUUCCAGCAAGCUUGCUCUAUUUCAAUGUCCUCAUAACGAUACUUCUUUGUCUUUUCCGGACCAAAUCGUCCAACCCCAUAACGACCAAUCAACCAACAACAACAGACUCUCGCUUUCAUAUGUCCGUCUCCAGCAAAAAAAUACCCUCAAUGAGCCUCUGAUAAGUCAACGAAAAGGAGUUAGAAAUUCGUCUUGUUUCCUGUUAGAUUUGUUCUUUCAACCCUGUAUAUUCUUGGUAACAACCAAACUCCACCUCCUUCUCGAUCUACACCACCAACAACAACAACCGACACGAAUUCUACGCUGUUCACAUCCAUCCUUCUCGAUCCAGCAACCACUCGAAUUCACCUUCCUCUGCAACGACGAAACCUCGAAAAGCUUGCUUUAAAGCUGUAACAUCACCCUCGCCGCUACAUCGUUGUUUCUCAAUUCGAUACCCCGUGCUCCAAAGCUUCUUUUUCCAGUUUCGAUAUGGCAUGCUUGAGAGACAACUUUCAGAAUGGUGUGCUCCUCGGUGGUCGAUAUGAGACCAUCUCUCCUCUCAACCAUGGUUCCUUUGGCAUGGUCUUCAUGGCCAAGGACACCAGGACCAGCGAGACCGUUGCCAUCAAAUGCUUGACUAAGAAGGAAGCUGCUGAUGAGUAUGGUUUCGACUUCGCCAUUGACGAGAAAUCCGAGGAGCUUGUUCUCCACAGCCGUCUUGGAUCCCACCCCAACAUUGUCAACCUUCUCGACACCUUCGAAACCGAUGCUCACCUCUACUUGGUUCUGGAGUUCUGCCCUCAGGGUGAUUUGUACGAAGCCAUCCGCAAGGGCCACGGCCCUCUCGAGACGGAGCAUGUCCGACAGUUCAUGCUGCAGCUCGUGGAUGCCGUCGACUACAUCCACUCCAAGGGCAUCUUCCACCGAGACAUCAAGCCGGAGAACAUCUUUCUCACCCAGUCUGGUGACAUGAAGCUCGGCGACUUUGGCCUCGCUACGACCGAGAACUGGACAUUGGAGAACACCGUUGGCAGCGACCGUUACAUGUCCCCCGAGCAAUACGACUCUGCGGGUGCCGGCUAUUCUCCUGCCCAAGCCGACAUCUGGGCCAUUGGCAUCUGCCUCCUCAACAUCCUUUUCUCGCGGAACCCCUUCACCACUCCGACCGAGGCGGAUCCGCUUUUCUUGGACUUUUCCAGAGACAAGCAAUCCCUUUUCGACGUCUUCCCCUCCAUGUCUCUGGAUACCUAUGAGGUCAUCGUUCAGUGCAUGAGCUUGGAUCCUAAGAAGAGAUCACUUGUCGGUGCCCGUUCUGCUCUCCAGCGUGUCAUCAGUUUCACCACCUCCGAGGAGGAUGAUGAUGACUUCUGCUCCGCCGAGCGUCAUGUCAUGGCGAGCGCCAACCGCGAACCCCUCCGCACUCCUUCCAUCCAGAGCCCUCAGGUCGAUCAGGGUGCAUUCCCCUGGGCCAAGGCCCUGCAUGCCAGCCCUCCUCAGCCGAUCCGCCAGCUCAGCGCCAUUCCCGACGAGGACCUCUUCUCCAAGUCUGGUGAAACCCAGAAUUCGGACUGGUUCAGCUCUGCUCAGGCUCCUUCGAUUUCAUCCACAUUCAACUCUAGCCUCGGCAUCUCCAUGCAGUCCCUUCACAUUGGCCGACCUAUGAAGGCUGCUCCACGCCCAAUUCCCAAGGUUUCACCCAUGGCUGGCUCCCUUCCCAUCAACAUGGCCAAACCCCGCAGCAACUUGUCUUCCAUGUCGUUGGUCUUCGGGCGUAAGGAUGCCGUUUCCAAGAGCUGGAGUGACAUGUGGGAUGAGGAUGAGGAAGAAGAGGAGGCCGAGCGUGAGAGAGAGAUGCAGUCUCUGAAGGAUCUCAACUCGCGGACCUGGAGCCAGGAUGGCAAGUCGGACGACAAGGAAGACGACUGCGAGACCGUGGAUGCUACACCCCUUGCGACCACGCCUCAACGCUCUUUCCAUGACAGCCACAAGUUGAUCCACAACGACAUUGACAGCGACCUCGCUGCCGACGGAUUCUUCUUCCAACAACCAUCUCCGCCCAAGGCGAGGCCCAUGUUGCCCACAUAUCAAUCAUCACCCCCUAAGCGGGACAACGUUGAUAAGUGGGCUGCGCUCGGUCAACGGCGCCGGGGUCUCACGGGAUCUUCAUAUUCCCACAUGUCACCAGAAGUUCCUAGACAAAGAGCGAUUGGCCUAGGCUACAAUUCCUAUGCGGCUGGGGCCAACUCUUUCGCUACCGCGUCAUGGGAACACGGCGGACACCAUCACAACAACAACAACAACAACAACAACACACAUCACAUCACACAAAAACAAUCACCGAAGGAUAAGGUCAAGGACUGCCCCUGGAAUAAGGGCAGAGAUUGGAAUUAUUGGCGCAAGGAGAAGCGCAACGAUCUCGCAGACGUCGAGUGGGUUGGUGGCUGGCAGGAAGCGCAUUCCUAGUCGAGUCACCUCUUGUGGUUGGGUUAUCACCAUCAGGACAUUGCCACUUCCACCUGGCUGUUCAGUUGUGGCAGUAGCCACGACUUGACUGUCGUGGAGUUUCUACUUGGCAAGACAAAACACCUGUUUGGAUGAAGGAACUCAACUCGCUUUCUGUGUAUUAGAUAUCUCCAGAUUAAUGAACAAUACCAGAAGUUACCCACUCAUAUCAUUGCUUCUUUGCCAUUCACUGUGACAUAUUCUACCCGUUUGAGGUUUGGACAUCUUCUGACAAUGGCAAACUGACCCCCAACCUUUCUGAGUACCGUCCAUUCUAAUUGCUGGCUGAGUAGCGUAUCGUAUUACCCCUCACUUGCCUCGAGUCAUGAGUGAUCACCAACCCUAUGGUCGAUAGAUAACAAGGCACGGUAUUCGUGGAUGCUAUACAGACGAGAAGCACCGUUCUCCACAGGAUCGGCAACCCCGGAAUUGGCUUAGCACCGUCUUGAGGACCCCCCAGAUCUAUCUAUCUAUCGUCGACAACCCAGCAAGAAGGGGGUUGGUGAUGUCGAUGGUCGGCGGUCAUGGCCGUGUGUUCUGUCGACACCCAUUGCCUGUUGGACACGUAGCAUUGGUUAACCUUCCCUUUAACUUUUCCCUCUCUUCCCUUUUGUUAAUACUUGUCAGUUGUAUGGUACUGGAUUGUCUGAGGAGAGCUGAUAACGCGAUGCGUGACUGUUUGCAUGUUAAAGCAUGAGGCCCUUCUGUAUCUGUGGAUGUCGAUGAGGCAAUGUAUUAUUUUCGCCGAUCUCUUCGGCUAUACGGAGCAUAGUUAUCGUGCCCAUUGAAACUGACUCGAUGCCGUAUCUACUUUAUCCAGUUGAGCAUCAUGAUAGAGACGACAUGACAUAACAUGACAUAACGGUU